ACACUCUCGGGGGCCCGUGUCGCUGGUCAUUCUUGCACAGGACAGCCCACCAUGGCCUCGGACCACCAGACCCAAGCGGGCAAGCCACAGCCCCUCCACCCCAAGAUCGUCAUCUUCGAGCAGGAGAAUUUCCAGGGCCAGUCCCACGAGCUGAGCGGGCCCUGCCCCAACCUGAAGGAGACGGGCGUGGACAAGGCCGGCUCCGUGCUGGUGCAGGCUGGACCCUGGGUGGGCUACGAACAAGCCAACUGCAAGGGCGAGCAGUUUGUGUUUGAGAAGGGGGAGUACCCCCGCUGGGACUCGUGGACCAGCAGUCGGAGGACGGACUCCCUCAGCUCCCUGAGGCCCAUCAAAGUGGACAGCCAGGAGCCCAGGAUCACCCUCUACGAGAACCCCAACUUCACGGGGAAGAAGAUGGAGAUCGUCGACGACGACGUCCCCAGCUUCCACGCCCACGGCUACCAGGAGAAGGUGUCCUCCGUGCGGGUGCAGAGCGGCACGUGGGUCGGCUACCAGUACCCUGGCUACCGCGGGCUGCAGUACCUGCUGGAGAAGGGAGACUACAAGGACAGCAGUGACUUUGGGGCGCCCCAUCCCCAGGUGCAGUCUGUGCGCCGCAUCCGUGACAUGCAGUGGCACCAACGGGGCGCCUUCCACCCCUCCAACUGA